AUGCCCCAGAAACCGUCUGAAUCGUUGCCGCGCGGUCCGAUCGUCAAGUUUCCGGCGGACUACUUGGCGCCUACCGCACCAAAAGUGCUCACACCCAGUCACCUCCAACUGAGCGGCGGCAGCAGCGAUGGGCAUUCCGAGUUCCGGCGGCACGCCAACAGCGACUAUCACGGUAUCUCCUAUCCACGCAGCCCUCUACUCGGGGGACCAGCCAUGAAGAUGACUGAUGAUGUGGUCUGUGGACGAGACCUGCUUCCGAAACCGGGACGACACAGCUUUGCCACCUUAGACAGCAGUUGGCGUCCGCUGAAACAGCUGCCCCAAAUGUCUGCAACCUCCAUCGCGCCGGCACAGCCGCUACCGGUGUAA